ACUGUCACAACCUGAGUGAAGAGCUUCAUCAACAGUCUGUCCGUGAAAAAUACACCUAAACACGGAUAUAAAACCCUGACAGCUGAAAGAUGUGGAAGUCAGUCGCGGGCCACAAUGUGAGCGUGCAGGUGGCUGCAGAGGGGGACGACUGGGAGACGGACCCUGACUUUGAGAAUGACGUAUCAGAGCAGGAGCAGAGGUGGGGAGCGAAGACCAUCGAGGGUUCAGGACGUAAAGAACACAUCAGUGUUGCAGAGCUCAGAAGCAAAGUCGUUGGGGAGCACGAGCAGGUGAAGCAGAAGGAGCAGAUUCCCAAAGCCUCAUACGGAUACGGAGGGAAGUUUGGAGUCGAAAAGGACCGAAUGGACAAGGUGGCUUUGGGACACGACUAUGUCGCACAAGUUGAGCAGCACUCCUCCCAGAAAGAUGCGGCAAAAGGCUUCGGUGGGAAAUUCGGUGUUCAGAAAGACCGAGUCGACAAG